AUGAGUGGGUUCCGUCUUCUUGACUUGGUGAAGUUCUUCUUGCCAAUACUUCCAGAAGUUGAGUUUCCCUAUGAAACAAUAAAAUUCGAUGAGAAAAUAGUAUAUACUGUUGGUUCUGGCUUCAUUUUUCUUCUUGGUCAAUUGCCCAUCUAUGGUCUCAUCCCACAAGCACAGUUCCAUUUGGUUGAUCCUUUUUACUCCUUUAGAUCGAUUUUCGCCAUGGAAAAGGCAACACUAUUGGAAUUGGGGUUGUUGCCUAUAAUAACCUCGGCUUUUCUUUGGCAAUUAGCAGCAGGGUUGAAAUUGAUUAGUGUCAAUUUGGGGUUGAGGUACGACAGAGAAUUGUUUCAAUCGGGCCAGAAAUUAACUGCCUUUGGUUUGGCUAUAGUCAUGGCUCUUGGAUUAAUUUAUAGUGGAUACUAUGACAAUGUUAUUAAGGGCAUCAAUAUAGUUGGUACCCCUUCAGGAGUACCAUAUUGGUCGUAUUUGAUUAUUUUUUUGCAAAUUGUCACUUGGCUGUUUAUGGUUACUUUAUUAGUGGAAAUUUUUGAUAAAGGUUACGGAUUUGGAUCAGGUAUAUUAUGUUUUCUUACCUUGCAAAAUGCAACUAGUUUUAUUGCUGAAUUGAUUGGAUUGGAAGUAUUUCCCGUGGUUAACAAUUCCAAGAAGUUUGAAAGCUUUGGUGCUUUGAUGAACCUUUUGCGCAAUUUCUCCGUGUUCAACCUCAGGGCCACUAUAAAUCAAAUUUGGCAUGCUUUUACAAGAGUCCAAUUACCUAAUUUAACUCAAUUUUAUAUUUGUCUUGCGUCAAUUCUUGUUGUUGUUGCUUUGCAGAAUUUCAGAAUUGAAAUACCGAUUAGAUCUACAAAAGUUCGGGGUAUGAACCAAAUAUUCCCAAUUAGAUUGUUGUAUACGGGAGGAUUAUCCGUUUUGUUUGCAUACACUGUUAUUGCCAACAUUCAAGUUCUUGGUUUCUUUGUCAAGUCAAUUAUGGUGAAGCUCGGUGCUCCUUCAAUUAUUUCGUCAUUAUUUGCAAAUUACGUGAUUGAACCAUAUUCAAACAGGUUAGUGCUUGAAUCUGGAUUACUCUAUUUCUUCACACCAUCUCAAACAUUGGUUCAAUCGAUAAUAUCUCCAUUAAGAACUAUUGUUUAUUCUUCAACAGUUAUUCUUUUGACAGUUUGGUUUGCUUAUAAAUGGAGUUUCAUCUCAGGUUCAUCUCCAAAGGAUAUAUCAAAACAAUUCAAAGAUCAAGGCAUUUCAAUUGCAGGUAAGAGAGAUAUUUCAAUAACAAAAGAAUUGUCAAGAGUCAUCCCAAUAGCCGCAGUCUCUGGUGCUUUCUUAUUAGGCGUGACUUGCAUUUUGGGUGACUAUUUAGGAGGAUUAGGAAAGAAUGUUGCAUCCGUGGUUGGUGUUUCCUCGGCCUUUGGCGUUUUAGAAGAAUUCAUGAUGGAGUACCAACAAGCUGGUGGAUCACAAUUCUCAAACGCCCUUCAAGGUUUUCAAUAA